AUGUUAAAUUCUUGAGAUUUUAUAUUUAUUUCAUCUUUAUUAUAUCCUAAUAGAGCAUAUAUGUGUGUAAAAAAUGUUGCUUUAAAGAUGAUUAAUAAUCUUGAGAAUAAUAAUGUUAAACAUACAGAGAUUUUAUUGCUUCAACUAAAAAUCAUAGUUGAGAAGAUGAAAAAGUACAUUAUGUAAACGAUUGAAUUACCACCAAUAUUGUCCGAGAAGCUAUAAGUGCGUUUUGUACGACAACGAUACCGUAAUAGUUGUUCGAUUUUAUAAUGGUGUAUAUAAACUGAUGUGACUUCUUAUCUUUUGUUUUUACAUUAUAAAUGAAAAAGAUUGUAUUGUACCAAAAUAAAACCAGUAUGGAGACAAAAUCGUUGCAGAACGAAGUCAUUCUUGUAUCGGUAGUUGACAGUAACAUAUUACGUUAGACAUUUGUUUACACGGUAUGAAGAAAAAUCAAAUUAAUUUUGUGAUUUCGAAGUGUCAGUAGUUUAACGAUGUAUCUAUCAAGCAAGAUAUUUUGUUGUUUUAUGCUUCUAUUUGGUGUUUUGUCAUCGGAGUCUCAAGGAAAUUCUACGGAAAGCGAUGACCAGAAGAGAAAUUUGAUGGUGCAGAUUAAUCUUCUUGAAAGCUCUAUGAUAUAUUCAAAUGACAAAUCAAGUCAACACGAUGCAAUUAAAAAUUCUAUCAAAAAUAUCGAAAUGCAAUAUAAGCUCUAUGUUAAUUCUACAAAAAACAAUAUAAAAAAUGAUAACGAUUGGAAACGAUACGAAUCUCGCGAAUAUAUCAAAGCAGAUUGCGAAAGAAGUAAGCAGAUGGAACUUGAUGCGAAUUUUUCUGAGAUCAACGACUCGAUGUUACAAGAAAUUGAGUAUCUUUUCAAGACCAAAAACGAAAGCAAUUCCACAUCGUGCGAAGACGAAAAUUUCCAUACAAACAAUAAUAUUGAAGUCAUCUUCGUUUCAAAUGAAGAGUGUGACAAUGUGUCUUGCAUUCAGCUCUGCUGUCCUUUUACUGAUAAACUUACGAUAAAUGGCUGCGUUGAAAAAGGAAAUGGUAGUUUCUUUUUUCCACCUUUUAUCGCAUAUGCGAAUUCUUCUGAGCAUGUAAUAUUUAACGUGACUUUCCACGAUCCAUGUGUUUUACAAGGAUUUCAACACAGUCUAUUUAAUUCCAAAAUAUAUGACUUUUACGAGGAUGGCACAAUAGGAGAUCCAACUACUAAUAAAUCGAUUUCAUCGACAGACUAUUGCUUUGCCAUCGUGCAUCAAAACAAUUAUGAUGUGAUUGUCUGCAAUGAGAUUAAAAAAAAGAAAAAAAAGAAAACAUUUUAUUUAUAUCUAUAUGGCACGGCUACUCUAAUAUCUCUGCCGUUUCUGUUAUUGACGUUCGUAAUAUAUUCAAUAUUGCCAGAUCUCCGAAAUAUACAUGGUUAUAUAUUGCGUGCACACGUUGCCUCAUUAUUUGUUUUUAAUGCAAUAUAUAUCUUUUUGGCUACACGUAAAAUUAUAAAAAUUGAUCAACAUGUUCAAAUAUUGAAGGAUGACACAUUUUGCAAUUCAUUAGUCUAUUUUUGGAAUUUCUUUCUCUUGUCGAACUUUUUUUGGCUUAACGUAACGUGCUUCGACAUUUGGUGGUCAUUCAGAGAACUCCGUUUACACCGAACAAAUGUAAAACAAGAGAAAAAAAAAUUUAUGAUAUAUUCGAUCUAUGCGUGGGGAAUGCCUUUGAUCUUUAACAUUAUCUUUGCUAUUUUGGAUUAUGUUAAAAUACCAAAUUGGCCAAAAAGAUGUCUGCAAAAGUUUUCGUUUAGUGGCGGAAAUCGGGUAAGAAGAUUAUUUUUUCUGAUACCCGUGGGUAUUACACUUAUCAGUAACAUUUGUUUCUUCAUUGCCACAACAGUUAUAAUUAUGUACCAGAAUAAACGUACAGCUAAGGAACUAAGAGACUUAGAGAGUACACGCCAUAAUAAAAAUAAGCAGAGGUUUAAUAUGUAUCUGAAGUUGUUCAUAGUGAUGGGAAUAAGCUGGUUUUGGGAGGCAAUAUGGUGGUUGUUCUACGACGAUUACGUGGCGUUGGACAUUAUUGAUUAUUUUUUAAAUACAUUGACUACUUUGCAAGGCCUUAUCAUUUUUCUCUUAUUCGUGUGUACAAAAAAAAUUAAGCAAAUGUUGCUAAAACGAUUUGGUGGAAUAAAUUGCGGUCCAUUUGGUAAAUUUGAACGUAUAAGAAGAGCAUGAUGUUGAAUGUCACUUCCACGUCAACAUCAGGAACUGUAUAUAGUGCAAGAAGUCGAUCCAUCUAAUCAACAGCUAAAUUCGCAUACCCGAAUUAAUUCUACUCAUCAUUGAAAUGUAGAGGAGAAAAAAUUUUGUUACAGAAUUAACAAUUAAUCAGUCAAAGGUUGAUCUUGCAUUAUAUUACAUUAAUGUUUACUCUUUUUGAAACAACAACGUGAUACAUAUGUUUUAGUAGCACGUUUUGUAAAAUUUAUACACUAUCAAAAAUUGUCAUUAUAUAUUAAAUAUGUGUACGCAAAUUGCAAUUUUAUAUAUAAUAAUAAAUAUCUUAGACGGCUUUUUGGCUUAGGGUCAAUUUCUAACC